GUACAAGUUAAUUUAUUUAUGAACAUGAGCUUACCAAAUUUUACCUACUUAAAAUGAAAAAAAAAACUAUGUUAACAAGGGAACUCCAUACUUUCUUGAAAUCUUCGUAAUUUUGUAUUUUUUACGUGCUAAAUCUAUAGAGCUAUCAGUCUAGAUGUCAAAAAUACAUGAAGCCAAACGUAUUAACAUAAACAUCAUAAUGGGUAAAAAACAAUAUCUCGUUCUUCAUAAAAGCGAAUGGGAUAGGCUGAAUCGUAAGAAUGGUUUAAAAGAAGACGAAACUGAACAACACCAAGAACGGGAAGAGUAUUUUAGAAAGUUAGUCGAUAAAUCUCAGAGCUGGAUAAAGACAUGGCCGGACACUGUGCAGGGUCACGUUGAACAAGUUUCUAGAGAAAAUCAAAAGAAGCGCAAACAAAAUUUAACUUUUCUUAAAGCACGUUCAAAGAAAUAUAAAGAAGAAAUUUCCAAUACACAAUCAGAAAUUGAAAAUUCGAAACAGAUGAUUUUUCAAAACAGUUGCUAUGGUAGAAAACUGUUAAGUGCGCUUCUUGAAUCAAAAAUUGUGGAAGAAAGAAAUUUGCAGAUACAGUUUCAAGCAAAAUUGCAAGAAGAAGCCAAAAAACGUGAACAAGACGAGCUAGCCAAAAUGAAGUUGUAUAACAAUAUGUCUUUUAAGCAAGAAGAUGAAACAAUAAUGAAAAGAAAACAACUAUCCAAAGAAAUUUCUAAUAUAAAUCAAUGCAUGCAUAACCUGAAACUAACUCAAGAUGCUACGCAGAAAACGAAAAUUGAGAAUGAGGAGCGGGAAUGUGCACUGCUUACUCGAGAACUGCUCGAAAAUGAAACAAAGCAACAAAGAGAAUAUGAAGAAUGUGUUUAUCGAAAUAUGAAAAAAUACGAAAAACAACAAAGAGAAUGGAGAGAACGUAGGAAGGAAAGAGAAAAAAUCGACGCAGCUUUAGCGGAUAUUCAACGUGUAGAGCAAUGGAACAGAAAAUUUAAAAUACAACGUGUGAUGCAAAAGCUCCAUCGGGACAAACAAGAUACAGAGCAAUCACGAAAUCAUUAUGAAUUGGUGAAAAAAGUCAACGCUGAAGUGAAGUCUCGUUACGAUACGUUUUUAGAAGCUGGAAUAAAACGGCAGGAGGAUAAAUUGUCUAAUAAAGAGGAAGAAGAGUUGCAUAAUUUGAGAUUAAAAAGGAAGAAAUGUUAUGACAUCGCCCAAGAAAACAUGAAGGAAGCGCAGGCGCAGCAGCUUUGCCCCUGCAAGAUAGCCAACAAAAGCGUCUGCGACAGGCAAACCCUCUUCUGUAACUCACACACCAUAAACAAGAAAUCGACCAAUGAACCGAACGAAAAAAGCGCAGUUUUAAAUACAAAAAAGGAAAGUUUUCUGUAUCCAUCUAAAAAGCUGAUCGAAGCACUAAAAUUGCGCAAACAAGAGGCUUCGCCCUGGAAUGGAUUGACUGGAGCACACGCUACGUUCGCCCGAAACGCCGCAGACACGUUGAAGGAAUGCCGACACAAAAUCUUUGCGAGAAAAGUCGUGGAUGAAUAUAGAAAGAAUAAUGGUUUGGAUGCCACAACGUUGCCGAUCGACAACUACUUUUGAUAAUUUAUUAUAAUCUUUCUGAUUGUGAAAAUAACUGAAUCUGAAAAAUAAAACAUACUUUCGACAAUCAUUGUACUAUAUU